CAUUUAGAACUUAUAAAUAAAAACUGAAAUGCCAGGGUUCCCAUCAGACAUAGAUUUAUGCAUGAUCCAGGUGAAGAAUAUGAGUGAAGUUACCAUGCUUAUAUUGACGGACUUCACAGGUGAUUUUGAUGUGCAAGUCUUCCUGUUUUUGCUAUUUCUAGCAAUCUGUCUUUUCACUCUCACAGGAAAUCUGGGAUUGAUUAUAUUGGUCAUCAGGGAUUCCCAGCUGCACAACCCUGUGUACUAUUUUCUGAGUGUGUUAUCAUUCUUGGAUGCCUGUUAUUCUUCAGUUGUCACCCCAAAAAUAUUGAUCAAUUUCCUGUCAGAGAAUAACACUAUUUCAUUCCUUGGAUGUGCAGCACAGAUAUUUUUUGAUGUUACUUUUGGGACCACUGAAUGUUUUCUCUUGGCUGCAAUGGCAUAUGAUUGCUAUGUAGCAAUCUACAACCCUCUGUUGUAUUCAGUUAGAAUGCCACCCAGGGUCUAUGUGCCAUGCAUCACUGCUUCCUAUCUUUAUGGCAUUUUGAAUGCUUCAGUGCACACAGGAGCCUCAUUUAGCCUCACCUUCUGUGCAUCCAACGAAAUUAGAUAUUUCUUUUGUGACAUCCCUCCAGUCCUCGCUAUUUCUUGUUCUGACCCUCACACAAACCAGCUUCUAGUCUCCUACUUUACGAGCAUUACUGAGAUAGUCACUAUCAUGAUUGUCCUGGUUUCCUAUGGUUUCAUUCUCUUGGCCAUUCUGAGGAUGCAUUCUGCUGAAGGGAGACGAAAAAUCUUUUCUACAUGUG